UGGCGCUAAAAGUUCAUUUCGAGCAAGUACGUCUAUUCCUUCUAAUUUCCUGACGAAAUUUUAUACAAAAUAAUGGUGAGUUAAUGUUUAAAUAAUCGGUUAAAAUGUACAGUGUAGGUCAAAUAGUACGUAUCAAGUGCGUCAACGUUCUCACCUACGACGAGGUAGAGAUACGUCCCUGCGAAAAAUUGAACUUGAUCAUCGGUGCUAACGGUAGCGGAAAAUCAACCCUGAUAUGCGCCAUAAUCCUCGGCCUAGGAGGCAAUCCAGCCGUCGUCGGACGAGCCACCGAACUCAAGAAAUAUGUUAAAAUUGGCUGCACCAACGCCAUGAUCGAAAUCGAGCUCUACCAUCCCGAUGGAAACGACAUCAUUGUUCGCAAAUAUAGCGUGAAGAACAAUUCUCGAUUUAUACUCAACGGACGCGAUAUCCCAGUCGAAAAGAUUCAAAAGCUGAUGCGAAAGUACAACAUUCAAAUCAACAAUCUGUGUCAAAUUCUACCUCAAGAGAAACUCGAAGAAUUCGCUAAAAUGAAUCAUCACGAAAGACUCGAAGGUACUAUAAAGACUGUUGGUAACAAAAACCUAGCAGAUUGGCUGGCCGAGUUGAAAGAUAGUAAAUCGAAGGAGGCUACGGUUAAAAAGAAACUCGACGGAUUGAGGCAAGAACUAGCCGUAGCGAUUAGAAAAAAAGACGAAUUAGCUGUCGAAGCUCGCAUCAUCAAAGAGAAAGAAUUCCUGAUCGAGAGCUUGAAACUAUUACAGCAACGUCGACGUUGGACGUUUUAUUAUCAUUUGAAAGAAACAUCACAGCGAAUCGAGCAAGCUUUGAAUGAUAAGAAGGAAAUAUGUCACAAUAUGGUCACCAUGUUACGAAAGUGCCGAACAAGUAUGCUAAGUUUACGUCGCGACGUGCGCGAUCAAGAUGCUGAAAUUGUUCAAAUCAGCAACGAAUUGCACCAGUUGAUAGUUCAAAUUAGAACUAAACAAAACGAAAUCGCCAGGAAUACCGAUAAAAUAGCCGAAAUCAAAGCGCAAUAUGUUCGCGAUAAGAAACGAAUCAAUUCGCAUCAGUCGGAUGUGCAAAAGUUGAAACACACUAUCGACCGGAUCAAGGAACAGAUCUGCGACGUAGACGAGCUUACCCAUCGUAUCGAACAAAUGCAAGUUCGAAUAACCGAUCAAGAAGAGAAAACUCGCAGAUUAUUCGAAAAGAAGAACCAGUUCGAUUACCAGGAAAGACGUAAAAUCGAAGAACUGAACGCUCUACAGAAUCGUCUGAAUCGACUGAACAGCGUUAGCGAUUACAAGAUGACUAUGCUCGAAUGUACGUAUCCGGAUUCGUGUAAAGCUCUGAAAUGGAUCAGUCAGAAUCGCCAGCGGUUUAGCGGACGCGUUUACGGUCCUAUUUUUUUGGAUUUGAACGUGAAAGAUGUGGCGAAUGCCAAGUACGUCGAAAUGAGCAUUGGUAAUCGCGAUCUGGCAGCUUUUCUGUGCGAAAAUAGUCAAGAUACUAAUACGCUGUUGGUAGAACUCGCGGAAAGGCAGAAUUUCAAAAUAAACGUCGUCACUGCUCCGAAUAUGUCUCUGGAAGAUAUUCGAUCGAGGUAUUCGAUGGAACAACUCAAACAGUACGGUUUCCAUUCGUACGUUUUCGAUUUCAUCACCGGACCUGAUCCUGUUCUGAUAUAUUUAGCCAAUGUCUACAAUCUGCAUAAUAUUCCUGUCGGUAAUAACCACACGUAUCAAGUCAGCGACCAAAUACCCAACGAUAUCCGAUUAUUUUUCACCGACAGAUUGAGAAUCUCUACUCAAAUAGCUUCGAUAACCAGACUACCUAUACAGAGCAGUGCGGAAAUCGUCGAAGCCAGAUUGCUCAAAGCGAACACCAAUCGUACCGAUACCGAAGACCUGAACCGUCAAAGAGAAGCCGUGCAGAGAGAUUUAGAACGUAUUCGAGCCGCGUACGAUGAAUUGAAACGCAACGUCGACGAAGGCGACGCCGAUUCGAACAAAUUAAAAGACGAGUGCCAAAAAUUGAAAGAACGACAAAGAGCGCAAAGUCAGUUCAAAGAACAACUGAAGGCGAAAAUGCGAGAUCUUCAACGUUUAGAGCGUAACACCGACGACAUAAAUGUGAUUCGUAAUAAAUGUAAUUUAACCAUUAAACUAACGCUGACUCAAGUUUGCAACCAGUUUAUCGAAGUUGGCGCCGUUUUCAACAAGCUAAUCGAAGGAUACAGUCGACUGCAGAUCGAAAAACUCGAAAAAGAGCAGCAAGAACGUGUAUAUUAUAAAAGUCUGCAAGUCACUAAUGAUUUCGUAUCGGCUAUCAAACAAGAAGCGAAAUCUCUACGUGCUCUCGAGUUAAAGAAAAGAAAAAUGCUCAAGUUCGCCGAAAUCGUUCAUCAGUGGGCUUUACAAGCGACUCGAGGCGUCGAUCCGGCUACUAAUCAGUUCGCGAAAAAGAAAUACUUCCAACGACUCGACUCGAACGUGAUCGUAUUGUAUCGUCUGAUAAAUAAACUACAAGCUAGGAUAAAUUGCUUGACCGGUUCGAAUAAAGGUAUGCAGACAUUCGUCGAGUAUCGUAGAUACACUAAGGAAGCUGAUCAACUCCAGAAGAAAAUCGAUAAAAAGGAAGAAAACCUUCGUAACUACUUCCAGCAUAUCGAAGAAGUUAAAGGUAAAUGGAUCGAAGAAGUCGAACGGUUGACUUCAACGAUAAACGAGAACUUCAGCAAGUUCUUCGCCAACAUGAAAUGCGCCGGAGAAGUAUCGUUCGAUCGAGGCGAAACGGGAGAAGAUUAUAAUAAAUACGGUAUCCAUAUUCGAGUCAAGUUUCGCGAAGAAGCCAGUCUUCAGAUUUUAAACGCUCAAACCCAGAGCGGAGGUGAACGAGCUGUUUCUGUCGCUAUCUAUUUGCUCUCUUUACAAGAACUUACUUCGGUACCUUUUCGAUGCAUCGAUGAAAUUAAUCAAGGUAUGGAUGCGGAUAACGAAAGAAGAAUAUUCAAUUUGCUCACUCAAGCUACCGAAGACCAGUGUAAUACGCAAUAUUUCCUAUUAACGCCGAAAUUAUUACCGAAUCUGCAGUUUACACCUUCGAUGCAAAUUCUUUGUCCAUUCAACGGCGUUGGAAGCAUUCCUCAUUCUCAGUUACCUGUUAGAUACGGUGGCGAUGAAACGUCCUCGUCUGAACAAAUGUCUCAGAUGUCACAAAUGUCUCAAAUGUCGCAGAUGUCUCAAAGGUCUCAGAUGUCUUCGCAAAGAAGCACUCAGAAGAGGUCCCAUUCACCGCAACCGUCUACGUCCAGUCAAGCGUAUUGAUGCUGAGUUAUGCACCGAAGUAGAUUCGAAGUGUAUUGAUAUUUUUGUUUGUUUUAAAUUUAGUUUUGUUUUCGUAUUCUUUCAUUUUUAAUAUUGGACGUUGUUCAUUAUGUUUUUUAUUCGUAGAAGUAAACCUACCUAUUUUUAGAA